UCUUAAUUAUAACGAUUAGAUCGAAGAAAAUAAUAAACAAGAAAGAAAGAAAGAGACAAUCUUGGCCGCCAUUAAUGGAGUCUGUGGUUUCUGAGCUAGAAGGGACGCUGUUGAAGGACCCAGACCCGUUCUGCUACUUCAUGCUGGUGGCGUUCGAGGCGUCGGGGUUGCUCCGGUUCGCGGCGCUGCUGAUGCUAUGGCCGGCGAUUAGGGCGCUGGAGGUUUUCGGGAAGGGGGAGAUGGGGUUGAAGGUGAUGAUUUUCGUGGCCACCGCCGGGGUGAGGAUGUCGGAGAUUGAGGCGGUGGCGAGGGCGGUUCUGCCCAAGUUUUACUUGGACGACGUUGAGAUGGAGGCUUGGAGGGUUUUCAGCGGCGGCGGCGAGAGACGGCGGGUGGUGGUGACGAGGAUGCCGAGGAUCAUGGUGGAGAUGUUCGUGAAGGAGCAUUUGAGAGCCGACGAGGUUGUCGGGAGCGAACUCGCCGUGAAUCAGUUCGGAUUCGCCACUGGAUUCAUCAAGGAGGAUUUUGAUUCCAUUCAUGAACGUGUUGCAACGUUGUUUGAAGGUGAUGAUCAUGGUCUACCUAGCUUAGGCCUUGGACGCUCCAAUCCGGCUUCUUCCUACCUUUCCUUGUGCAAGGAGAAGUUGAGUCCACCAUUUAUGAGCAGCAAAGGGCAAGACCACCGACAUAUGAUUCAACCGGCGCCGGUGAUUUUCCACGACGGCCGCCUUGUGAAGCGUCCGACGCCCUCCACGGCGCUCCUAAUCCUCCUAUGGAUACCGCUAGGGGUCCUACUCGCCGCCAUUCGGAUUGUAAUAUAUUCAUCUUUUCCCAUACGCCUCGUCCUCCUCCUAGCUCCCAUACUCGGCGGCAAUGUCAAAGUCAAAGGCAAGCCCCCGGUGCCGGCGGCCUCCAAAUCCGGCGUGCUCUUCGUCUGCACCCACCGAACCCUAAUGGACCCCGUCGUCCUCUCCGCCGUCCUCGGCCGCAAAAUCCCCGCCGUCACCUACUCUGUCUCCAGAUUCUCCGAGCUCCUAUCCCCAAUCCCCACCAUCCGCCUCACAAGAAUCCGCGACAUAGACGCCCAGAAGAUCAAACGCGAGCUCGAAAACGGCGACCUGGCCGUCUGCCCGGAAGGAACAACGUGCCGGGAGCCAUUUCUGUUAAGAUUCAGCGCGCUUUUCGCGGAGCUAACCGACCGCAUCGUACCCGUGGCGAUGAACUACAGAGUGGGGUUCUUCCACGCAACCACCGCUCGGGGGUGGAAAGCCAUGGACCCGAUCUUCUUCUUCAUGAACCCUCGACCGGUGUACGAGGUAACAUUCUUGAACCAGCUGCCGGUGGAGGCGACAUGUUCGGCCGGGAAAAGUCCGUACGACGUUGCGAAUUAUGUGCAGAAGAUCUUGGCGGCGACGUUAGGGUUCGAGUGCACAAACUUUACGAGGAAAGAUAAGUACAGAAUUCUUGCGGGGAAUGAUGGAACGGUGGUGUCGAGUUCCAGAGGCGAUGGGGUGAAGAAAUUACUGGGCACGUUCAAGAAGGUGGUGGGCACUUUUAAGCCAUUUAUUCACUAGAAAAUAUAAAAUUAAAAAAAAAAACAAGUUUUUUUUUU